UCUCCCGCAGACAGUGGUCGCUGCACGGGCGGAUUGGGAUGGAUUUAUAGCACGGAAAAUCGUUGCGUUAUGAAUUUCAUAAAAUCUUUGCUUUUCAGCUGUGGACUGUAUUCUUUCGAAAUCUUGCCAGAUUUGUCUAUUCACUCUCCUCUGUUAAAUAUGUAAGAACGGAAGAAGUGUACGAUUUUUAGAAAACAUCUUGUUGUUUGUAAAGCAGGCCGCUGAGCCCUCGGAUUUUCCUAACAUUGUGUCCGGCAUGGUGCGCUCGGCCCACGGGACACUCGCGGCAUUUUACACCCGGUGCCGAACCAUGGUAUCCACCUAGUCCCUGGUUUGACUUCAGUGGUCGUAGUAGCGAAACAUUUCUCAUCUACGAUUGUCUGAGAGUUGUUGUCACUGCCAGCAUACUUCUUAUACAACACUCUACUGUGAAUACAGCAGUCUUGACAACAUUGCAAGCUGAUUGGUGAACCACUCUGAAGUGAAGCUGACUCUCCACAAAGGAAACUAAGUGAACUGUGGUCCCCAAACAGAAGCAAUACCAUAUUACAAGACUUUUUUGUUACAUUGACAUAUUUGGCCAGAGACUUAAGAAUGGCAUCUGUUCCUGUUUACUGCCUGUGCCGUCUCCCUUACGAUGUCACCCGGUUCAUGAUUGAGUGUGAUGUUUGUCAGGACUGGUUUCAUGGCAGUUGUGUUGGUGUGGAAGAAGACAAAGCGGCAGAUAUUGACCUGUAUCACUGUCCUAACUGUCAGGUGACACAUGGACCCUCUGUCAUGCGCAAACGUCGGGGGGCUUUUAAGCACUCUGAUGCAGGAGUGAGCAGAGACUCAGGACGACCUGUGAAGACGGGCAGUGCUCAGUUUGUCAGGGAGCUACGCAGCCGCACUUUUCCCAGUGCUGAUGAAGUCCUGCUGAAGCCGACUGGGACCCAGCUCACGGUUGAGUUUCUAGAGGAGCGCUCCUUCAGCGUCCCAGUCCUGGUCCUCAGGAAAGAUGGUCUGGGCAUGAAUUUGCCCCCGUCGUCUUUCUCUGUAUCGGAUGUAGAGCAUUAUAUUGGCGCUGACAAGGAAAUUGAUGUGAUUGAUGUCAACCGCCAAUCAGACCUGAAGAUGAAACUGGGAGAGUUUGUUGAGUACUACAACAGCCCAAACAGAGACCGAGUGCUCAAUGUGAUCAGCUUAGAGUUCUCAGACACCAGGUUGUCAAAUCUAGUGGAGACACCAAAGAUCGUGAGGAAGCUGUCAUGGGUGGAGAACCUCUGGCCUGAGGAGUCUAUUUUUGAGAGGCCUAAUGUGCAGAAAUACUGCCUGAUGGGAGUGAAGGACAGUUACACAGACUUUCACAUCGACUUUGGUGGAACCUCUGUGUGGUACCAUGUACUCCGGGGUGAGAAGAUCUUUUACCUCAUUCGUCCCACUGCUGCUAACCUGUCGCUUUUUGAGCGCUGGAGUUCAUCCUCCAAUCAGAAUGAGCUGUUUUUUGGGGACCAGGUAGACAUGUGCUACAAAUGUUCACUAAAGCAAGGAAACACCCUCUUCAUCCCAACAGGAUGGAUUCAUGCUGUUUUGACCCCUGUGGACUGUUUGGCAUUUGGAGGAAAUUUUCUACACAGCCUCAACAUUGACAUGCAACUUCGAGCGUAUGAAAUAGAAAAGCGACUGAGCACAGCAGAAUUGUUCAGGUUUCCAAACUUUGAGACCGUGUGCUGGUAUGUUGGCAAGCAUCUGCUGGACACCUUCAGAGGUCUAAGAGAGAAUCGACGGCAUCCUGCCACGUACUUGGUCCACGGAGCUAAAGCUCUCAAUAAUGCUUUCCGCAGCUGGACACGGAAGGAAUCCCUGGCUGAACAUGAACAUGAGAUACCAGAGACUAUAAAGACCCAGCAGUUAGUGAAGGAUCUGGCAAAGGAGAUACGCCUGGUUGAGGAUAUCUUCCAGCAGAACAUCGGCAGGAGUGGGACACCAUUUGGUGGCUCUCAGGGUCUUCCCUCUCCACACCCCAAAGCUCCAUUAAACACAGCCCUCACUUUUGGCCAGCACCCUGGUAAAAAGAGAGGCCCCAAGUCGAAGGAUGGAUUUGGAGGAGGGGCUGUCAGCCUUCCAGGAGCAAAGAAAAAGAGCCAAAAAGGCAAAGAGAUAAAAACAGAAGCCGGAGAGCUGGACCUGCUGGAGAUUCAUACUAAACACACGCUCAAGAAGUUCCAGCCAGGGUGUAAAGUAAAAAAGAGCAAGCUUGAGCUGCCUGAUGACAGUCUAGAUGAUUUUGAAGAGAAGAUCAACAAGAGCAAGCUUAAGCUUGUGCUGACUAAUGGAAAGAUACAAAGGAAGAAGGGUCGUGCUGGCAGUGCAAAUGGAGCCGGGAGUUCACUUCAACAGUUCCAGCCCCACAUGGCUACUUUGUCUGACUUUGAUUCAGAAGACGAGCUUCAGAUUGAUGAAACCCCUCCACCUCGCCGCAGACCGUCUCUACCUAGCAAGAAGAAAUUAGCUGGUCUACCGAGGAAACUACCUCGGGCCAAACCAUGCAGUGACCCCCACAGAAUCCGUGAGCCAGGAGAAGUGGACUUUGAUAUUGAGGAGGAUUACACCACAGAUGAGGAGAUGCUUACAGUGCAGGGUGUAAAAGGCGGAGCAGGUGGGAUUUUAGACUUGCUCAAGGCAAGCAAACAGGUGGCGGGUCUCGAUUCUGCACUGAGUGAGGAAGCACCAGCCUCCCCCAGCACGUGUGAUGCUAUCCAGGGCAUGCUGUCGAUGGCCAACCCUCCAUCUUCCUCAUCCUCUUCCUCCUCCUCCUCUCCUCUGUCCAUAUCUGGAGGAGGUGAGAGGCUGGGGCUUAUGAAGGAGAAAGGAUGGAGAGCUGAGAGGAUAAGUGGAGUCAAGAAGAGCGAGAAGAAGACCACAUUUCAGAGGCCAGGAAAACGGCCCGUUAAACGUCCUGCACGGCACCUCAGUGAUGAAGAAAGCUUGGAUGAACAGGAGACCCUGGGUACCUGUUUUAAAGACUCUGAUUAUGUGUAUCCAUCACUAGAAUCUGACGAGGAGGAUCACAUAAGCAAGUCUAAAAUGAAAAGAAAGCGAAACUGGGAUGAUACACCCUGGAGUCCUAAAGCCCGCGUGACCCCUACACUGCCCAAGCAGGAGCGACCAGUGAGAGAGGGUGCAAGGGUGGCAUCUGUAGAAACGGGGCUUGCAGCUGCUGCCGCCAAACUGGCACAACAGGAACAGCAGAAAACCAUAACCAAGAGAAAAUACACCAAGAAGAAGGUCCCUCAAGAGAAAGUACAUUCUGCAGCUGCCCAACUCCAGCGCCAGCCGGACUCUGCGCCCGUGUCUCCUCCUCUACCCUCUGAGCCUCCUGUGGACUGCAUAGUUGAGGAGAGGAGAGUGGAGGUGUACUCUGCCAGCCUGCUGGACCACGAGUACACAGCAGGACCUGGUCCGUUCAGCCCAGGGGGCCCAAGAGGAAGUGGUGCCAUGGCCCCUGGCGUGUUCCUGACUUCAAGACGCCCCUCACUCUCUCCCCAAAACAGCAGCAGCUACUCUCCCUCUGCCCCCUCACCCGGAGGGCUGGCUACUUCAGCGUCAGCAGUAGCAUGUCAAGGAAAACGUCCAAAGAAAGGACUUGCUACGGCUAAACAGAGACUGGGAAAGAUUCUGAAAAUACAUCGAAACGGCAAGCUUCUCCUGUAGUUUGAUAGUAUGGAGAGGAGACUGCAGGGAACAAUAGAAUAAGAAAACGAAUAAGGAUGAGAGAGGACCUGAGUGAUUUUGGUGUUAAUUUAUGUGACUGUUUUAUGGUUAAUGUUCUGCUAGCCUGGUUUUUAUUUGCAUCAUCGGGACGAAAAGUGAAAAGAAUGGCAACUUGCUGUGAUAAAUUCAAUUGAAAUCCAUUUAGCAUGGUGUUUUAGAAUAGAAAUACUAUUUGAAAAACAAAUAGAGCUAAACAGACGGAUAUGUUGAGUGUUGAAUGGAGUGAUGACUGUAUUGCUAAUUGUUUUUCCAUCAUUUUCAGUGCUCCACCUCUGAAAACAAACUGCGUACAUGUACACUCCCCUUAAACCCUGUUUGUUUCAUAGUUGAGUUUGGUUUAACGUAUAUUUCUAAAAAAAAAAAAGAAAAAAAAAGCUGAAUGCUGAGGAGCACUUGAUGUUAGAUCACAUUGCCUAAAGAAUUGCCAUUGCAAACAAAAAGAUUACAUUGUUCAGAAGGUUUAUUUGUAAAACUGACUUCCCAAAUAAUAGGAUUGAGGUCGUUGUUUGGCCUGAAUUGUCCCAUGGAUGAGAGGAGAUCCAAUUCUUUAGUCAUUACCUCAGCAAUUUGUAAAUGUCACACUUUCUCAUGGCUAUGGUCCAAUCUCCUCCUGAAGUCAUGCAUAUUAUUAGUUUACAUGUUUCAUUUAGUAUCUGUUCAUACCAAAUUAUUUUAUACCAUAGAAGGCAAUUUGAUACACAAUUGACUAAUUGCUAUAGAUGAAGUCCUGUAGUAAUGUCUCUUUGCUUGUUGAAAUGUUUUUACAGUAGUGUACUAACACAUUUUUAUCAACAAAUGUAUUUUAGAUGUGUAUAUACUUUUAAGUUCGUCUUGUUUUAUUUGUUUUCCACUUGGCAUGGGCAGCAUAAUAUCCUGCCACCAUUUGGCCAGGGUUGUCUUUCCCAUCUAUAGUUCAGCUCCAUGUUGUAGAGGUUGAGUUCAGUGGUGGGCACAUUUUAGUAAUUGUAAAGAACACAGAAAUGGACUUGGAGCAGUUUGAGAUCAUAUGGGUGGUUCUGUAGGCUCAGUGUACAUAUUUGGUGUUUUAUUAUUUUUUCUUUAGAACGAAAUUGCAUUGGAAUCUUUCUUGAAACACCUUGUACAAAAAUACAUGUUUUGGGUAACAGUAACAGCAUAAGAGUUGUUUAGUCGGUUUUAUUUGUAUAGGAUAAUUAUGCUGUUAUUUUUCAUUGAAGCUUAUGAUAUUAGCAAUGUGAUGAAGUUAAUGUAUUCUAUUGCUAUUUCAAUGUUAUUGUUUAUUUUAUUUUCCCCCCGCUUAUCAAUAAUAUUAAGUUUAACGUCAAUAUACUUUAGUUUCGCUUAUUUUAUAUAUAUAUAUAUAAAAUACUCCAUUCUAGAAGAGUUAAAUGUAACGUUUUCUUGUAAUUUUAUGUAAUGGCAACAAUAUUUUUUUCAUUUUCUCCUUUGACCAUUAUGUCUAUAAUCAGCACCAAAAAUAUUGAUAAAUCAGUGGGCCAGUGCAAAUAUUAUUUUACUUUUUUGUUUUUUCCUAAAAAUGUCACAGAUUGUCACCCUGCCGAACUGUCAUCAUGCCAUCCACAUGUAAUUAGAAACUUGUUUUGAGGUUUGUAGAAAUUUGUUUUUGAACGAAAAAUAACGGAAGACAGUUGUUGGAAUAUUCUGGUAAAACUAUUAUUUUUAGACAUUGUUUUCAGAUGACUCUGAGAUUUAAAAGGAUAUUUCUGUAAUAUUUUGAGUUUUUUGUACAUUUAUUUGAUUUGUGAUCAUCUUCACAUCGUCUCUUAAUGUUGCUACUUCCACUCAUAUUUUACUAAACAUCUGUGCCUUCAGUGAAGUCCCA